GUCUGGCUAUUUAACGGCGGGGCUGGUGGCUUCAUUCCGCUCUGAAACUGGCAGCACACCACAUGAAAUCCCCAGUAAUGCGAUGCCAAAGCAGCUUGUUAAACUCAAGAAGAGCGCUGACUGAUCUGAGGGAACUUCUUCAACUCGCCGCCUCCUCAUCUUCACUUUUCACUUGAUGACAAUUUCUGCGGGAUCGUGCCCAGCGCGUCUUUCCCUCUCCGCCUUCCGCAUCUGUCGCACUGAAAGUUUGGUUUUGCGAAAGUAGACAUGAAUAACACCGGCUUCAACCAAACAGAGGGCGGCCUAUUCAACAAGACAGAGGAGUUUUUUUGCUGCAACUUUUCAUCCGUGGUGACUGAUAAUGGCUUUGUGGCAGCCGCUCCGGAUGAGAGGAGCCUCUUCAUCAUGAGGGUGGUCCAGAUAGCCGUCAUGUGCGUUUUAUCCCUCACGGUGGUGUUUGGCAUAUUUUUCUUAGGCUGCAACCUCCUCAUAAAGUCAGAGGGGAUGAUUAACUUUUUGGUAACGGACAGAAGACCGUCAAAAGAAGCGGAAGCAGUUAUUGUUGGAGCCUACUGACUGAUAAAGACAUAUACAGUGAUCAUACUCUGAUCAGAUGGUCACAGAUCGGAGACAGUGUGAUGAUCAGCCGCCAAAGCCGGGCCCCGUUUUCAUAAUGUACUUAGACAAAGAAACAAGAACUCAGAGGAGCGGUCACCUUGCAAGAGGUAACUGAGCUCUGCUGGUGACUGAUACUCACGGGGUGGGUCUACCUUAUUUCUGGUGGCCUUUAAAGGCAAGAAAGAUUCAUUCAUCUUCAAGAGGUAUAGUGCGUUUUAAGCCUAUUGUUGUAUUAAGUACUGUAGGCUGUUUAAUCACGCACUGUUGUCAUGUCAGUAUAGUUUCCCUGUUUGUCAAGCAGCAUCCUUUGUCAAAAUAGUGGCAAAGUGUUUGUAUUUGCUGCUUAGAAAUACCUCCUUGCAUCGCAAAUGCAAUGGGCAAAUUACAUGAAUGUUGUAUGCCUCUGCAUGCAACAUGCAGCUCUCUAUUUUCUGGUGACAGUUGUUUGCGUGUCUUUGUGGGCGGCGGUGAAAGUCCGUAAUACUGUGUAUCAUGUUCAUUUGAAUAAAUUCAUUCUGUAAUUAAAGUUAUCCUCUUAA